ACAUUUUUGAGGACUUGCGUAGUUUUUUGUUGUACAUCACCGUUUUUAUCCGGUCUUAAAGAUUUUCUAUUACCGUAUGCAAAUUCUAUGACCGAUCAGCCAAUCAGAAAGCCGCACACUCUGGGGCUAUUUUUACAUUCUUUGUUUAUGCUAGGGGAAGCUGCACCGAUAUUUUUGAUCGUUCAAGACAGAGCUUUAAUUUUAUUUCCAUGCUUGUGCAUGGGUGGAAUUUGAGUUAUACUUAGACACUAUCUAUCUGGAUACAGUAUUCAUUCGUCCUUCGGGACUUUCAGGUCAGUAUUUUUGACUCUUUUACUCGUUCCAACAACUAGGCGUGUGUUUACGUCUUUUACCAAGAUGGCGGGAACACCGAGGGCGAAUGGUAGAGACCCCCUGCGUGUAACUUUGGUGGGUCAUUCCUUCAUACGUCGCCUCAGAGAUUUCAUGAACAAUAGUCCUGAGGACAACAAUCUACGUUUAAAUCGGGAUCAAUAUUAUGUAACUUGUGUGGCAAGAGGAGGUUUGACAAUUUCUAGACUUUGUGCACUACGUGAGUUUACCUAUUUUGUUGCGCGACCCAACAUUGUGUUCAUUCAAAUUGGAGGAAAUGACCUGUGCUGCAGCUUCCCUAACAUACCCAAAUUGGUGCAAGAAAUCCUUUCGUAUGCGCAAUAUUUGUUGCACGGUUGUAACGUACAACAUGUAGUGAUUGGACAAAUUCUCAGGCGCAAUUCCCAACGCGUGUCAGCAGCAUUCAACUCGGAGGUGAUUUCUCUGAACCUUCAACUCGCUUCGGCGUGUGCAUUACAUGAAAACAUUUCCUUUUGGAAGCACCGAGGUUUUUGGGCGUCCCUUGAUUUCCUGUCUUCCGACGGAGUGCAUAUUCGUGAAGACAUGAAUGGGAAAUACUCCAGAAAGUAUCUACAAAGCAUUAAAUCUGCUAUUCUGCAUGUUACCCAAUACUUUUAGACAAUGCCUCCCAAAAGAAGUAGACGACCUGUUUUAUCAACAACAUCACCACCUCCUGAGACUGAUCCACCCUCUAAACGACAGAAGAAGGGAAGUCAAAGUCAAAGUUUAACAAUUGAUUAUGAUCUGUUCGCCGACGCGAUCCUGAAGAAACAAAACCAAUUCAACCCAAACCCAUCAACCACAGUACAUCACAAUGUGCCACCACCAGUCACUGAACAAAUCAGCACAUCCUCAGUAGUGCCAAGCGGAAAUGCAUGUGAACAGAAUCACCCAUCUGCAGUGUUAAGCCAAAAUGACACCAUCCCAGCAAGUCAAACUGUGUCACUACAGGUAUCAUCGGAGCCUAACCAACAACCCUGCCCUCAACCCUCCGUAGAGCCAGACACACUAUCAGUCCCUGCAGUGCUAAAUACUUUAUUUGGAGGUGAGUCAGCAACCAACCAUGACCCCCAACCCUUAAAUUUCUCCAACAAUAUUCCCCUGGGGGCCACUGUGUCAGCUAAACUUAAGCAAAAAAUUUGGGACAACUCAUAUUUUGAUAUUCGGCUGUUGCUCCCCAAUCAACAAGAUGACAAUUUUUCUGUGUCAGUUGAAAGAGGGGCAAUCAAUUUCCAACAAGGUAAAUUUCAAAAAUUUCCCAUUUCCAUUAACCAAUGGACAUCAGCAUUUCUCAUAUAUGCAUCCAUCUUCAUUCAGAAAACACCUUCUGAUGCAGCUCAUCUCUUUAAAUACAUCUACAUGAUCAGAGACAUGAGUUUUACCACCAAGACCGACUCCUGGCGGUAUUAUGAUGAAGAGUUUCGUAAAUUACGACAGUCUGUCCCUUUGCCUUGGCAAGAGCCAUUACAGGAGUUAGUUAUGAGGGCAAAUCUUCAACCCUUUAAAUUUCGUCCCUCAAACCAGUCCUUUCUUGCAAAAUCCAAAUCCAACAACUUUCCAACCUCCAAAGCAAAAUUUUGCUACUCAUUCAAUCAAGGACAGGCAUGUAGAUCUGACCCAUGCACCUACAAGCAUGCCUGUCAGUACUGUAAAGAGCAGCACCCUCGGUUCAAGUGCCCCAAACUCCCCUCAAAUGAGGAACGAUUACCCUCAAAAAAUCCCCACUCCAGUAAAGCCAGAAAUUCUUAAAGCAUACUUAGAGGGUUAUGAGCAAGACUUAGCAAACUACCUCAUUUCAGGUUUUACUUAUGGUUUUCAGUUAGGCUGCCUUAAUACCCCUUCUUCAACCCCUUCCAAAAACCAUGGGUCAACUAAUAAACAUCCUGAAAUUGUUCUUAACAAAAUUAAGAAAGAACAAAGUUAUGGUAGAAUAUCCGAGGCAUCUACAAAUCCCCAAUACCCUAAUCUGGUCAUCUCCCCUCUGGGAGUGGUCCCUAAAAAAGCUCAAGGCCAAUUUCGUUUGAUUCAUGAUUUAUCCUAUCCUGAAAAUAACUCUGUUAAUUCUCAAAUACCUGCAGUUAACAGCCAGGUCUCCUAUGACUCAAUCGACACGGUUAUAAACCUUGUCAAACAGUUUGGUAGUGGAGCUUUGAUGGCAAAGUGUGACAUUCAGGAUGGAUUUAGGAAUAUUCCCAUACACCCCGAUGACUAUCAUUUACUGGGUUUUAUGUGGGAUAAUUUGUAUUAUUAUGACAAGUGUCUCCCUAUGGGUGCCAGUAGCUCAUGUCAGAUUUUUGAAAAACUAAGCAGUUCUUUACAGUGGAUUAUGCUCAACAAAUUUUUUGCCAAAGGCAUGUCUCACAUGAUUGAUGAUUUUUUCUUUAUUGGCCCUUCUGCAUCCAAAAGCUGUUUUCAUGAUUUAAACAAUUUCAUUACUCUUUGUGACAAAAUAGGAGUCCCUUUGAACCCAGAUAAAACUUGUCUCCCAACCACAAAUAUUAUCAUUUAUGGUAUUGAAGUUGACUCUAUUGCAAUGGAAUGUCGUUUACCAAAUGAUAAAGUAUUGAAAAUUCAAACCCAUUUAGCAAACAUGUCUCAUCGUAAAAAGGUCACUUUGCAUGACCUGCAAUCUCUCAUUGGUUUGCUCAAUUUUGCAUGUGUAGUCAUUGCACCUGGUAGGGCUUUUCUACGCAGGUUAAUAGACCUGACUGUAAAAGUUACCAAUCCUCGGCAUUUCAUCCGCCUCACAUGUGAAGCCAGAGCAGACAUUCAAUGUUGGCUUCAGUUCAUUUCACAUUUUAAUGGCAAGUCUGUUUUUCUGAAUGACACAUGGUCCUCUUCUGACCAUCUUACAUUGCAUACGGAUGCUGCAUCUACAAAAGGUUAUGCAGCCAUUUUAGGUUCAACUUGGUUUGCAUCUGAAUGGUUAGAACCAUUCAAACAGUUUCACAUCACUGUUUUAGAACUUUUCCCGAUUGUGCUAGCUCUUGAGAUGUGGGGUUCCCAAUUUCAAAACCACAAAAUUUUAUUUCUCACUGACAAUGAAGCAGUGGUGGCAAUUAUCAAUAAAACUUCAAGUAAAGACAAGACAAUCAUGAAGUUAGUAAGGAGAUUAGUUAUUUCUUGUUUACAAAAUAACAUUUUUUUCAAAGCAAAACAUGUCCCUGGAAAAUUCAAUGUUUUAGCUGACAGAUUGUCUCGCCUCGAAUUUCAGGAAGCACUAACUCUUGCACCAUGGCUGAACAAAACACCAGUGCAAAUUCCAGCCAACCUACUUCACAUUUGAGUACCACAGCCCUAGCUUUGCUUCAUUCCUCACUUUCAGAGUCAACCAAGGCUUCAUAUAAGCGCAGCAGGAUGCUUUUUCAACAGUUUUGUUUACAAGGAAAUGUAAGCAAUAAAUUACCAAUAUCUGAAAUUACUCUUUGCAAUUUUAUUGCUUAUCUUUUUGAACAAAACUAUAGCCCAUCUUCGAUUACCUCCAUGGUGUCAGCUAUUAGCUAUGUUCACAAAAUUUUUAACAUACAAGACCAUUCCCAAUCAUUUUUGGUCAGAAAAAUUAUUUUUGGGGCGAACAAGUCAGCAAAAGCACCUGAUUACAGACUUCCGAUCACAUCUUCAAUUUUAGUCAAACUAGUCAAUGCCCUGCAAUUUACUAUUCCAAAUUUUUUCAAUAGACUCUUGCUACAAUGUCUUUUUUCUGUAGCUUUUCAUGGGUUUUUUCGCAUGGGGGAACUGAUUGCUAAAACAUCAUCAAAUCAUGCAUGCAUAAUUCAACGGAAAGAUGUUAGUUUCAAUGGAAACUCUUCAGUUGAAUUAAUAUUGCGACAUUCAAAAACCAUGCAUAAUACCCACCCUAUAACCAUAUCUCUCUCUAAAGUCUCCCCACCACAAGUUUGCCCAGUCACAACCCUCCAACUAUAUUUGUCUGCUCACAAACACAGAAAUGGACCCUUAUUUCAAUUUCAUUCAGGUUCCCCAGUAUCUUAUCAAUUUGUUUCAACUAACCUUCAAAACACUGUGAAGUUUAUAAGGCUUAAUUCACAAUGGUACAAAGGUCACAGUUUUCGAAUAGGGGCAGCCACUGAGGCAGCUAAGCGAGGACUUUCACAAAUUGAAAUUCAAAAACUUGGUAGGUGAAAAUCAGAUGCUGUACAAAAAUAUAUUCGCAUUAAUUCCCUACUUUGUUAGUUUCCUUGUCCUAUUCCAGUGUUCAUUUAGGUUGCUGACUUGCCGUCCAAUCCAUUUGUGUAUUGUGUUUUUGAUGUUCAGCAUUUGUCUGCAUCAAAGUAUUUGACUUGUCUUUACCUCAAUUAUGUAUUUUUCAAUCCAUUGUAGUUCCUGUUUUAUUUUUCUCAGUUUGCAUAUCAUGUCCAGCAAUUGUCUGCAUCCAACUAUUGACUUGUUUUUACCUUAGUUGUGUGUCUAUCAGUUCAAUACAGCUGGUUUUUUUUUUAUUAUCUAUGUUUAUAUAUCAUGUUCAGCAAUUGUCUGCAUCAGAUUUCAGGUUAUAAUAUCUGUGCUUAGUUGUAAGCCUACUCCACAAUUUUUAAGAAAUAUAUAAUUUGAUUACAACUUGAUGUUUUAAUCAUUUUUCCUGAUGGCUAGGAAACGAUAUAUUUUAUAUUCCUUUCAAUUUUGAUGUAUGCCAUUGUUGUAUUUUGCUUUCCAUCGUGCAUUGCUUUCCAUGAAUGUCAGGUUCAGCGAUUGGCUGUCUGGCUUUGUUACUCUUAUAUAUUUUUUGGUGCUUUAUUGUAUUAACUUUUUACAAUGGUACUCAAUAUUUUACCAAGGCAACAUUUUGAGUGGUGCUUCAACCUUUCAGGUUGAUGGCCUUUUUUAUGCACCACUUUUGUUUCCAUUGUAUUUCAUUAAUGGUAGUUUUUUAGCAUGUGAACUAGUUUUAGCAAUUUUGCGGCUGGGAGUCCCCUAUUGUUUUUUACUCUCCAAGUUGUUUUCUAGUCAAAUGUUCGGGGAUCUUCCAGCCGCUUUUGUUUAUGUUUAUAUGUUCUAUAAUUUUGCGUCAUUUUUUAAUAAAUGACAAAAUUUUAACAAUCAA